GCGAGCCGCCCGAGAGCGCAGGUGAGACACGCUCACCUGCGGACUGGACUCACCUGGGCUCGUGGCAACGUUUCGCGGGAGGAUCAUGUGGAGGCAGAGCGCAGGAAAGCAGCUCUACCUGUAGCCCUGGUUUGGACACCGUCACCUGCGCAGACCUGAAAGUCCAGUUUCUCAGGAGCGGUUGGGGGGAGUCGGGUUCGAGGAGCGGAGAUGUCGCAGGAGAGCGACAGCAAGCGCGUGGUGCUGGUGGUCAACAACGAGACCCCCUUCCACUCGCGGCGGGCCUACACCAGCGAAGACGAGGCCUGGAAGUCCUACCUGGAGAACCCGCUGACGGCCGCCACCAAGGCCAUGAUGAGCAUCAACGGCGAUGAGGACAGCGCCGCCGCGCUGGGCCUCCUCUACGACUACUACAAGGUUCCCAAAGAAAAGAGAUUGUUGCCCCCGACUAAAGUAGCUGAAACUCCAGAAGAGCUGGGGAAAAGGAGUUGUCCCGCGGGAAACAACGACCAUGGCGGGACGGAGCCUGUGGACAACCGUGUCCAGGUGCUCAAGUCAGUGCCGGUGAACCUGUCGGUCAGCGCGGAGCCUCCGGAGACCAAGCGGGAGCCAUACAGCGAGGUGGGCGGGGCCGCUUCGGGGGGCGGAGCCCUGGCGGCCGUUAAGGCCGAGGUGUUCGUCCCCGUAUUUUUGGGCCCCGGGGGUCACUAUAGGGUCGAAGGGCACGAACCAGCCCGGACCGCCUAUGAGCAGAGCCACUACGGUGUGACCGCUGCCGAGCACGGUAGCUUCGUGAAGGACGACCAGCGGAGCACGCCAGACAGCACGUACGAGGACUCCUUCCCGGGGGACCACGAGAAGUAUCACACCUCAUCCUCCAUGGGAGCAGAUGACUUCAUCUACAACCAGCCGGCAAUGGGGACCUUCCAGUACACGCUGGAGGCCACCAGAUCUCUCCGUCAGAAGCACGGCGAGGGCCCCAUGACCUACCUGAACAAAGGCCAGUUCUACGCCAUCACCCUGAGCGAGACGGGUGCCAACAAGUGCUUGCGACACCCCAUCAGUAAAGUGAGGAGCGUCAUCAUGGUGGUGUUUGGCGAGGACAAGAGCCGUGACGAGCAGCUGAAGUACUGGAAGUACUGGCACUCCCGGCAACACACGGCCAAGCAGAGGGUCCUGGAUAUCGCUGACUACAAAGAAAGCUUCAACACCAUUGGGAACAUUGAGGAAAUUGCGUAUAAUGCCAUCUCCUUCACCUGGGAUGUCAACGAGGAGGCUAAGAUUUUCAUCACGGCCAACUGCCUGAGCACGGACUUCUCCUCCCAGAAAGGCGUGAAAGGAUUGCCUCUCAUAAUCCAGAUCGACACGUACAGCUACAACAACCGCAGCAACAAGCCCAUCCACCGCGCGUACUGCCAGAUUAAAGUCUUCUGCGAUAAGGGAGCCGAAAGGAAGAUACGGGAUGAGGAAAGAAAGCAGAACCGCAAGAAGGCCAAAGGUCAAACGUGCGCCGCUCAGGCUACUAAUGGGAAAGACGGAACCCCCGCGGACGUCGCCUCGCACCGGAAGACCGACAGCACCUGCUUCAAAACCACCGCCGACCUGGACUCGCAGCCGGUCCUCUUCAUCCCGGACGUCCACUUUGGGAACCUGCAGAGGGCGGGACAGGUGUUUGCCUUCAACACAGAAGAGAUCGAACGGGAAGGGAGCGUUCUGGUGAAGAGGAUGUACCGCACCCCCUCUGAGGACGACUACGGUUCUCCCCCCCCGAAGCAGGUCAAAGAAGAAGCACAGAAAAGAGUGCUCCUCUACGUGCGCAAGGAGUCCGACGACGUGUUUGACGCCCUCAUGCUCAAGUCUCCGACGCUCAAGGGCCUGAUGGAGGCGAUCGCAGAAAAAUACGGUCUACCUACGGAGAAGAUGGCCAAGAUAUACAAGAAAAGCAAAAAAGGGAUCCUCGUCAACAUGGACGACAACAUCAUUGAGCACUACUCCAACGAGGACACCUUCAUCCUGGCCGUCGAGAGCUUUGCGGAAGCCUAUAGAAUCACGCUGACGGAAAUCUAAGGCUCCGGCGGACUGGAGACCUGGAGCAAUGUUGAGCGUGUCCCAGUAGGGGGCGACGGCGAAGCGACGACGAUUCCUCCCUCCGGAGCGGACCGGGCCACGCCUGUAAAUACAGCGCAGGUUUCUUUCGCCGCCGUCUACCGCUGGGCCCCGGUCUUGUAAAGUGAAAAUGUAACGUGUGUUUGGGGCCCUGCAGAUGAUGGCAAGCGCUCAUGCCAACGGUGAGCGGUUCUUUUCGAAAGGAGGCCGUCGUCGAGAGGACAUGUCAGCGUGGAACUUCACCGGUCUUCUGACUCACAACAUUUCAAAAAGAACUCCGAACUGCGGGCUUUUUCAAAGAGGCCUCUCGACCUUUCAAGAUGCGUUCGCUCUGUGCUAGAAGCAAAAAAGAAAAAAAAAAAAGUCAAGCGCCCCCUACAGGUGGACACGGUUACUUCGGGAGAUUUUACACACGUCUUUGUGCUUGAAGGACGACGCUCAAACCUCACCUUCUCCUGCUUCAACUUUGAGCAAAGUACUUACCCUGAACUGGUCCACUGAAUAUUUCCCAGCUGU